AUGUCAGUGGAUGGGAAAGAUUCAAAUAUAGAACAUGAGUUUUCAAACAGAAACAAUCAAAUUAUUGAAAGUAAUAAAUCAGAUCAUUGCAUUGUUACGAGUAACGAUCAAAUCUUUGAUAUUUUAUACGAAAACCAAAUUUCUAAAACAGAACCAUUAUUUCCCAUACCAUCUCCCUCAUUGUUUCAAGAAUAUCGACAAUAUAAGUAUGCUGUUUUAUCAUGGAAAAAGUAUUCUUUUAUGAUCACAUCGAAAUAUAUCCUCCUCCAUCCCACAGAGGCAUUUCUACACAGACCAUUAACCAAGCGAGAUGGAAAAUUAAAAAUUAUUACAGGAGAACAAGAAAUUGCUUUCCAAGAAUUUUUUCUCACGGCAUCACCAAAGCAAAAAGACUUAGACAUACCAUAUAUCGAUAAAUUAGUAAUAAAUCGCCGUUUAAAACAAAUAAGUUUAUUAAAAAGAGAAAUUACUAACAUUUCACAAGUUCCAAUCCCAAAUUUCUAUUCAAACUACAUAGAUUUUGAAUCUGCAUCAUUAAAAUGGUAUAGUCUCCAUUCAAAUAUCAACUUUAUUAGUCCAGAUCCAGAAUUUGACCAAAUCCCAAAAAGAGAUCUAUCCCAAGACAAAACAUUCUCCUACAAACAACAAGAAAUGCAUACAGAUGCAAAACAAUAUAAAGAAAUCACUCUUUCGAAAAAAGCAACUACAAAUCUGAAUUUGUUGAAACAAGCGACUCCAGAGUUCAUGUACAUAUACUCAAUCAUCAAACAACCAUUUGACAAAGAAUUUGUCUCAAAUCCAAUAAAAUUUUCAAAAAAUUCGUUUUUUUUCCAACUUUCGCCAUUUGAUGUCAUUUCGCAGCUAGAAACUGAAGGGUUAUUGAAGGAUGAUAUUACUCUACCGAACAACAUCCAAUUCCUCGCGAAAUCAGUUUAUUCCGCGUAUUCCUACUUUAAUUUCCCUCAGCCAUCCACAGUUGACAGGCUGAUGUUCAACAUCAACAACGUCAUGGUUUCAGGGAACGCCGAAUUCCACUUCCAGACGUUCACAGCCCUUCAAAACCUCGCUGGAACAAAAUUUCCAGAAAUUACAGCAAAACUGCUCCAAAACAUCGAUUAUCUGUACAACACUGCUUACGUUGUAACCGAAUUUUCCCAUUCAAUCACCGACCACUUCCUUCCUGAGCUGGAAUUCUUGAAAUUAACAGAAAUUCCUUCGUUUUUGCUGGAUAUUUACAAAGUUUCAUGCAUAUACGUGAUGUAUUCAGUCAUUUCCCAGCAUUUGAACCUUGUCAUUGCGAAAGAAGAAUUUAAUUUGCAGAUAAAUAAAAAAUCUGGGGAACUUCGUCAGAAUAUACUGAGAAUCAUUCAGAACAAUAUCAUAGAGAUAUCCAAUCUCAAUGCUGAUGUUCUUAAUCAAUCCAAUUCUGACUUUUUUUGCUCUUUGUUUUCAAUUAUGAUGAGGGUAUUUAACAACUCAUCAAACCACUUCCUUAUUUGCAUGGUUCCACAUGGAAUACAUUUCUUCUACAAACUGACUGUUUUAUCUCCGAAAUCUUUCAAAAAAUUAAUUCUUCCUUUCCUUGACUUCAAAGAGAUCAACAAAUGCCUCUUCACCGUGAUCAAUGAGUGUAUCCUCGGUCCGAAAUUCAAGUUCCUUCAGAGCAACAAACUUUUCGAUCUUUUCAUGUCCAAAAUUUUGAAUUAUGACCGCCAGAAAUCAUCUUCCUUCAACUUUAUUGGUGUUUUCAUCUCCUACUGCAUCCAAAUUGACAGUCCGAGUCUUGGAAAGUUGCAGUAUUUGAUGAUCAGGUUCUUAGUUGACGGAAUCGAGAACAAAAACGCGCUAUCCGUUUAUGAGUCAUGUUGCAACCUUCUACAGGUCGAGUUGAUCUACUGCACGACUAACAAGUACAUAAUUGACGCGAUGAGCUGUCUGAUUUCAGUCAAAGACCACAACCACUGCAUCCAGCUGAACCUGAAGUCCAUACAGUUCAUCAUCUCUCUGAUGGACUUCGAGCAGCUGCCGGUGGAGGUUUGCCACUCCGCGUACAAACUCUUCACGAAGCUGCUGAUCUACAAGCCGAAGUACUUCAUCGAGGAGUUCCAGAACGAGGAACUGGCCAUGGUCAUCGGAUCAGUGUUCAAGACGGAUUCGGCGCUCUCCAACAGGGAGAUAGUGGCCCUGCUGUACCACUUGAUAAAGAGAGACAACAACAACUUCAUAAAGACGUUCUUGGACGUGUUCAAGAAGGAGGAAAUAAGUCUAAAGGCAAUUUUCGCAUCGGCAAUUUCCGGUUUGACAAUGAAAGAGAAACAGAGAAUGAAACGUAAGAUAUCCGCCAUAAAUAGAUAUAGAUCACAGCACAAAAAGAAUAGAAGUAAGUUUAGUAAAUAA